GCUCUGGAACUAAUAAGAGGGAGAGAGUGAAUGCAAACAAGAACAGAGACACCAGAAUCCCAGUUGGAAAACACCUCGCAUCCGAACCAACAUGGACAUGCCAACCAGCUCUCCCAACACCUCUGAUCAGGACUGUGACAUCAGUGACCUCAACACCUCCUGGGUUCCUCCGUACAUCUACACCAUCUCUGCUCUAGGCAUCCCCCUCAACCUGCUGGUUCUCCUGGUCUUCCUGCUCCACCGGCAGAAAUGCACCGCCACCGAAAUCUACCUGAGCAACAUGGCCAUCGCCGAUCUCUUCCUGGUGGUCCUCAUGCCUUUGUGGGGCGUGUACGAGGCCAAUGACCACCACUGGACUUUUGGAGGACCCAUGUGUACAUUUGUCUCUCUUCUACUCGUCAUGAACUACAACUGCAGCAUCUAUUUUCUCGUUCUGGUUUCCAUUGACCGUUUUUUUGCAUUGGUGUACCCACUGAAGCAAUGCAUACUGCGUAGACGUAAAUACGCCAUGUUGGGUUGCUUUUUGGUUUGGUGCUUGGGUUUGCUACUAAACAUCCAGAUUCUUAUGUGCAGAAAAGCUAUACCGUAUAAUGGAACUGAGGAAUAUGUAUGCGGUUGGAAUUGUUCCGACAGUGUCUAUUACGCACACGAGGUGAUACAAACUAUUAUGGCGUUUAUUAUUCCUCUUCUCAUCAUUUUAUUCUGCACUGUUAAGAUCGUCCACACCCUGACAAGAAGGCUCAGCAACAGAAACAGCACACAACAAACGGAACACAAAGCCACCAUUUUAGUUCUUACUGUGUUGCUGGCUUUCUUUAUCUGCUGGUUGCCGUUUAGCAUAACAAGAAUGAUAGAGCUAGGUGUAAGAAUUAACCUCAUCGAGAAUACGUGUAGCAUAUGGCUUCACUUGUACAUCUGUAGAAUUCUCUUCCUCUACUUUGGGUUUUUCAAUAGCGCCCUUAAUCCCGUCCUGUACGUCAUUGUGGGUAAGAAUUUUCGUAAGAAGAUACGGGAGGUGGGAAGAGGGCAAGGGUCAAUGAGAAUGUCCGAAACGCGGAUUACCACAAGCAGCUUCAAAUGAUCUUAGAAUCAGAAGAGCUUGUACGUUUCUAAAACUACUUUAAUUUAAGACUUGAAAGGGCCCAUAUUACGCUAUUUUCUGCUCUAUAUUAUGAUGUUGUUACAGAAAUAUACUCAGAAUAGUGUU